GCUCCUGCUGGGCUGCUGCAGCGUACAACCAGGUGGAGUGGGUGGUGCAGGCAGGGGCCGUAUAUCCAGUCUGACGGAGGGCGGGCCCCGCCAGUGCCAGGAGAGGGACGAGCCAGGGCGGAAGCGCCAGGAGCAGCCCGGAACCCUCGCCAACACUCACUCUAUGGCCACAGGGAGCCCCUGAGCGAGAAGAGCCCUCCGCUGUCCUCUGCACCUCGCCACCUCCGCCGUCCAGACCCCAACCCUGUCUGCCACCAUGAACCACUCGCCACUCAAGACCGCCCUGGCCUAUGAAUGCUUCCAGGAGCAGGACAACUCGACGCUGGCCCUGCCGUCAGACCAGAAGAUGAAGACGGGCACGUCGGGGAGGCAGCGCGUGCAGGAGCAGGUGAUGAUGACGGUGAAGCGGCAGAAGCCCAAGUCGUCUCAGUCGUCCACCCUGAGCCACUCCAACCGAGGUUCCAUGUACGAUGGCUUGGCUGACAGUUACAACAGCUAUGGGACCGCCAGCAGGAGCAACUACUACUCCAAGUCCCAGGCGGGGAGUGGCUCGUGGGGCUAUCCGAUCUACAAUGGGACCCUCAAGCGUGAGGCUGACCACCGGCGCUUCAGCUCCUACAGCCAGAUGGACAACUGGGGCCGCCAGUACCCCCGCGGCGUCUGCAGCACCCUGGGCGCGGGCAGUGACAUCUGCUUCAUGCAGAAGAUCAAGGCCAGCCGCAGCGAGCCGGACCUGUACUGCGACCCCCGGGGCACCCUGCGCAAGGGCACGCUGGGCAGCAAGGGCCACAAGACCACCCAGAACCGCUACAGCUUCUACAGCACGUGCAGUGGGCAGAAGGCCACCAAGAAGUGCCCCAUGCGCCCGCCCUCCUGCACCUCCAAGCAGGAGCCCGUGUAUGUCCCACCCAUCUCCUGCAACAAGGACAUGUCCUUUGGCCACUCAAGGGCCAGCUCCAAGAUCUGCAGUGAAGACAUCGAGUGCAGUGGGCUCACCAUCCCCAAGGCCGUGCAGUACCUGAGCUCCCAGGACGAGAAGUACCAGGCCAUCGGGGCCUAUUACAUCCAGCACACCUGCUUCCAGGAUGAAUCGGCCAAGCAGCAGGUUUACCAGCUGGGGGGCAUCUGCAAGCUGGUGGACCUCCUGCGUAGCCCCAACCAGAACGUGCAGCAGGCCGCGGCAGGGGCCCUGCGGAACCUGGUCUUCCGGAGCAGCACCAACAAGCUGGAGACCCGGAGGCAGGGCGGGAUCCGUGAGGCCGUCAGCCUCCUGAGGAGAAGCGGGAGCACCGAGAUCCAGAAACAGCUGACCGGGCUGCUCUGGAACCUGUCUUCCACCGACGAGCUGAAGGAGGAGCUCAUUGCCGAUGCCUUGCCAGUCCUGGCCGACCGUGUCAUCAUCCCCUUCUCCGGCUACUGUGACGGCAACAGAAACAUGGCCCGGGAAACUGUGGACCCCGAGGUCUUCUUCAACGCCACAGGCUGCCUGAGGAACCUGAGCUCCGCCGACGCCGGACGGCAGACCAUGCGAAACUACACGGGGCUCAUCGAUGCCCUCAUGGCCUACGUCCAGAACUGUGUGGCAGCCAGCCGCUGUGACGACAAGUCCGUGGAGAACUGCAUGUGUGUCCUACACAACCUCUCAUACCGCCUGGACGCGGAAGUGCCCACCCGCUACCGCCAGCUGGAGUACAACACCCGUAAUGCCUACACGGAGAAGUCCUCCACUGGCUGCUUCAGCAACAAGAGCGACAAGAUGAUGAACAACAACUACGACUGCCCCCUCCCGGAGGAAGAGACCAAUCCCAAGGGCAGCAGCUGGCUGUACCACUCGGACGCCAUCCGCACCUACCUAAACCUCAUGGGCAAAAGCAAGAAGGACGCCACGCUGGAGGCCUGUGCAGGGGCCCUGCAGAACCUCACCGCCAGCAAGGGGCUGAUGUCCAGUGGCAUGAGCCAGUUGAUCGGGCUCAAGGAAAAAGGCUUGCCACAAAUCGCUCGCCUCCUGCAAUCUGGCAACUCCGACGUGGUGCGGUCCGGAGCCUCCCUGCUCAGCAACAUGUCCCGCCACCCGGCACUGCACAGAGUGAUGGGGAACCAGGUGUUCCCCGAAGUGGCCAGGCUCCUCACCAGUCACACUGGCAACACCAGCAACUCAGAAGACAUCUUGUCCUCGGUCUGCUACACGGUCAGGAAUCUGCUGACGUCGCAGCCGCAGAUGGCCAGGCAGUACUUCUCCAGCGGCAUGAUCAACAACGUCAUCAACCUGUGUCGCAACAGCGCAUCCUCCAAGGCCUCAGAAGCUGCCCGGCUCCUCCUGUCUGACAUGUGGUCCAGCAAGGAGCUGCAGAGUAUCCUCAGACAGCAAGGUUUCGACAGGAGCAUCCUGGGAACCUUAGGAGGGGCCAACAGCCUCAGGAACUUCACCUCCCGCUUCUAAGAGGAGGCUGCCCCACCAAGUGCAGCUUGCAGAAACGACAUGACCCCUCAGAGAAGACCUCAGGCCUGGCUGGAGGGUUAUUCUGUCCACCUGUGCAGUAUUUGGAAAAGUUCAAAGCAACCAAGAGCAAACCUGAAAACUGUGCAUAAUGGAAAUAUUUUUAGAUUCUUUUUUUUGUUUUUUUCCCUUGGGAGAAUUGGCAGGCAGUGGGGGUUGGGGCGGG